AUUUUUGCAUUGGAUAUGAGUCCAGCUUCUCAGGAGAUGUUUUGCUUGCAGUUUUAGGGGCCCUAGAAUCUUCUCAAAAUCAGAAUAUGUGCCCAUAGGUUAGUCAGCUAUGACCAUGCAGUAUUCCCAGCCUCCACCCCCCCUCCCUCCUGGCCAUCUGCUUCCUCUGAAUAUACCAGAUUGGCUGUACACCAGGAUGUUCCGGGAAUCCCCAGGAGAGCAACAGAAUGUGAGGGACCCAAAUACGAUGCCUCAGUAACUCAUUCCAGGAUGUACAAACUGUAACUGUCAGGACACUCCUUAUAGCUAAUUAAAAAUUUUCUAGUUACAUCUAUUUUCUAAUACCUCUAUUUUCAGUGACAUCCAAAAGGCCAAAAUAAUCCUCUGGUACCACUCUCCCCUGACCCUCUGUGGUUCCCAGAUAGGGGGAGAAAAUCCUCCAGCUUUUCUCAGUGCUUUAUCUGUGAUGCUAAAAUGGCAAACAUGGCCUCUCUAGGACUUCAUAGUUCUAUCUAUGGUACUGAGGUGGCCAAAGUGGCUUCUCUGGUAGCCCACUGCACUCUCCAUGGUACUGAAGGAAUGACCAUUUGUUUCAACAUCUCGGGUCUAGAAGAGUCCUGUUAUUUAGACCCACAAAACUUUUAAGCUGGAAGGCAACAUCAGUAAAAAUUAGUCCAACCUACUUACAUUAUAAAGGAUAAAUGAUUCACUGAAGGUUGGGUUUAAUAAUGGUAAAACUAGGUUUACAAUAGCCUUGUACCCCUUAAUCCUAUUCUGACUCACCUUCUGUGAAAUUAUUCAGUGAACCUGGCUAGGCUCUUGGCCCCAGGAAAGGGGUUUGUUUGGAGGAUCCAGAGGAGGAAGGUGUACUCCCAAAUUUGGAGCUAUAGAAGAACACAUUAAAUGGUGACAGACGACAUCUAAUGGACCUUGGACAAGGAUAUUUUUGUUAAUUAAUUUCCUGUUAAUAUUCCCAGAGCCCUGAUUCUGCAUGUAACAGGUACUUGCCCCAUACUGAAGUCUUACCACAUCCACUAAACCUUGAAAAUUAAGGAAGCUCUGGACCUCCAGAGCCUUUUCUCUGCUGAUAAGCAGGGCUGACUCCUGGCCCAGUUCUCUUCUAUUAAAGAUCUGUAAGCAAGCUCCUCAGCACCUGUUGCCUUCAUUAGCAGCCUUUCCUCCUCUUCCCUGCACUCCCCAGAACCAAAGAAUGUGAAGGGGUUCCAUGGAGGGCUCACGUCCCCGCGUCCCUGGUGGCCAUUUAGCCCCGUCACCACCGGCCUUUGACGGCGAGCUGGAUCUGCAGCGCUACUCCAACGGGCCAGGUGUGAGCACGGGGUCGCCCGGGAUGGGAGCUGUGGGCUGGUCUGAAAGUCGAGCAGGCGAACGGCGGUUUCCCUGCCCUGUAUGCGGGAAGCGAUUCCGCUUCAACUCCAUCCUGGCAUUGCAUCUGCGAGCGCACCCAGGGGCUCAGGCCUUCCAGUGCCCACAUUGUGGCCAUCGCGCAGCACAGCGGGCUCUGCUGCGCUCGCACCUGCGAACACAUCAGCCUGAGCGUCCACGUAGCCCUGCCGCGCGCCUGUUGCUGGAGUUGGAGGAGCGCGCACUGCUGCGGGAGGCUCGCCUAGGAAGAGCCCGAAGCUCAGGAGGCAUGCAGGCCAACCCUGCCACUGAGGGCCAGGCACGGCCUCAGGUUCCUUCGUCAUCUGCCUUCCGUUGCCCUUUCUGCAAAGGCAAGUUUCGCACCUCAGCGGAGCGCGAACGCCACCUGCACAUCUUGCACAGGCCUUGGAAGUGCAGUCUGUGCAGUUUUGGCUCCAGCCAGGAGGAGGAGCUGCUACACCAUAGCCUGACGGCCCACGGGGCUCCCGAGCGCCCCCUGGCGGCCACCUCCACUGUGCCCCAGCCUCAGCCUCCACCCCAGCCCGAACCCAGAUCUGUUCCCGAGCCAGAACCAGAGCCUGAACGUGAGGCAACCCCUGCCUCUGCUCCUGCAGCUCCUGAGGAGCCCCCGGCGCCUCCAGAGUUCCGCUGCCAAGUGUGUGGCCAGAGCUUUACACAGUCGUGGUUUCUCAAGGGCCACAUGCGCAAGCACAAGGCCUCCUUCGAUCACGCGUGUCCCGUGUGUGGCCGCUGCUUCAAGGAGCCCUGGUUCCUAAAGAACCACAUGAAAGUGCAUGCCAGCAAGCUGGGUCCUCUCCGUGCCCCAGGUCCUGGCUCAGGGCCUGCCCGGGCACCCCAGCCUCCUGAUUUGGGGCUGCUGGCCUAUGAGCCACUGGGCCCUGCGCUUCUCUUGGCACCGGCACCCACUCCAGCUGAGCGUCGGGAGCCCCCGAGCCUCUUGGGUUAUCUAAGCCUCCGUGCUGGCGAAGCCCGGCCCAAUGGAGAAGGGGCUGAGCCUGGGGCCGGCCGUAGUUUUGGAGGCUUCCGCCCACUGCCAUCAGCUGUCCCAGCGCGGGCUCGAAGGCACCGUGUGGAGGAGCCUGAGGAGGAAGAGGAGGUGGUAGAGGCUGAGGAGGAGAACUGGGCCCGGGCCAGGUCACUGGGCCCUUUGGCCUCCCUGCACCCACGCCCAGGCGAGGGACCAGGGCACUCGGCGCCUUCUGUGGGGGCCCAGGCAAGAUCUACAGCCACACAGGAAGAAAAUGGGCUGUUGGCUGGAGGGACCCGGCCUGAAGGGGGCCGAGGGGCCACUGGCAAGGAUUGCCCCUUCUGUGGAAAAUCUUUCCGCUCAGCUCAUCACCUCAAAGUGCAUCUUCGAGUGCACACAGGUGAGCGCCCUUAUAAGUGUCCACACUGUGAUUACGCGGGCACCCAGUCUGGCUCACUCAAGUAUCACCUGCAGCGUCACCACCGGGAGCAGAGGAGUGGUGCAGGCCCGGGGCCACCCCCAGAGCCGCCACCACCUACCCAGCGGGGUUCAGCCCCAUCCUCAGGAGCCAAGUCGGCUCAGCAGUCUGCGACCUGGGUGGAGGGUGCUGCAAGUCCCCGGCCUCCUUCAGGUGGCGCUGGGCCGGGGUCCCGUCGGAAGCCCGCUAGCCCUGGGAGGACCCUGCGCAAUGGGCGAGGUGGUGAGGCCGAACCCCUGGACCUGUCCCUGCGGGCGGGGCCGGGAGGCGAGGCUGGGCCAGGGGGUGCCCUCCACCGCUGCCUUUUCUGCCCUUUUGCCACUGGAGCCCCUGAGCUUAUGGCCUUGCAUCUGCAAGUGCACCACAGCCGUCGGGCUCGGGGUCGCCGGCCUCCCCAGGCUGAUGCAUCUCCUCCCUAUGUCCGAGCACCAUCAGGAGAGACCCCUCCCAGUCCUUCGCUGGAAGGGGAGGAGGGCCCCGGGUUGUCGAGAUCUGGAGAAGCAGGGCCUGGGGGGCAAGAAAGGUAGGGAUCCCUCUUAGGGGUGAUUAGCUUAGUGAGCUUACCCCGCAGGAGCGGGGGAGCACUAGAGGUAGUUGGGUAGAGCAGCCAGCAGGGGGCAGUAUGGGACCCAAAUCCCAGCCCCAGGCGGACCAGAGGUGGAGGGGCAGUGGGCAAAGGAGGAUGGGCAGGCGAUACCCAUCCAGCCCAGGGGAGUCACAGUGCCUUAGAAGUGGCAGAGGUGAGGGUCAAAGAACGGGGUCCCAGGUCUGGCAGAGAGGAUUGUGUCCCUGUUGAGGAGACGCUCUGCCAGUUUUUGCUGGUCCAUAGGCGUGAGAGUUUAUUUUUGUACAAGGGGUGGGGGUGGGGGGGGCACUGUACCCUUCUAGCCCCAUCAGGGGCCCUGUAGACAUUGCUAUUUUUGGUACGAUUCCUGUCAUCCCUGUUGCAGAGUCGUGUCCCCAAUAAACAGGUGUCUUGAGGCACAAGGCCCUGUGUCCUGUCUGCCUAUGUCCUG